AUGCCUGCCGCUAUCACGUCUUCGCCUCAGACUGAGGCCACCAUCUUUGGUGGCCAUGACAUCGCCAGAUCACAACUCACAAAACGCCUCACCUACUCCGGAUCCCUGGAUCAAUACCCCCACGAUGACCCUACCCCCGUCAUCGGCCGCGAAUUUCCCACCCUCCAGAUCCGCGACCUCCUCCAAGCCGACGACCAACUCUUCCGCGACCUAGCCUACACCGUCUCCUCCCGCGGCGUCGUCUUUCUCCGCAACCAAGAUGUCACCCCCAACGAGCUCAAGGACUUCAUGCUCCGGCUCACCACCCUCGCCGGCUGCCCCUCCACCUCGGGCCUUCACGUGCACCCCCUGACCGAGGAGGGCUCAGAGCUCGGCGACCAAAUUAGCGUCAUCUCGUCCCAGAAGCAGAAGAAGGGCGGCGGCCUCACGCACCAGCUCUCGGACGUCAGUCGAUACGCCUCCAAUGCUUGGCACAGUGAUAUCACUAUUGAGCCGGUGCCGAGUGAUUACGCCAUGCUGAAGAUUCACACCUUGCCUGUGACGGGCGGUGAUACGCUUUGGGCGAGCAGGUAUGACGUGUAUGACCGGUUGUCGGAACCGAUGAGGGAGAUGCUGAAGAAGCUGACGGCUACGCAUGAUGCCAAGUUCUUUUUGGACGAGGCGAGGAAUUCGGGGAAUCUGUUGAGGGAGUGUGAGAGGGGUUCGCCGUUGAAUAAGGGGGCGGGGUUGACAGCUGUGCAUCCUGUUAUCAGGACGAAUCGUGAGCGCAUCAACGGCGUCACCAAGGACGAGUCGGCCAUUCUUCUCAACUACCUCUUCAACAUGGUCACACAGAAUCACGACGCUCAGGUACGAUUCCGGUGGAACAAGAACAAUGUUGCUAUCUGGGACAACAGGAGCACAUGGCACUGUGCCACAUACGACUACAGUGACCCUAGAGCGGGUGAUCGUGUUUGCUCACUGGGUGAAGCGCCGUAUCUUGAUUUGCAAAACGGCAAGUCGAGGAAGGAGGAUUUGGAUCUUUGA